CGUACAUGCUGAUGCGCAGGGAGAAAACACUUUUUUUCUAGACCUGAAAACGCUGCUUCACCAACUAACAUGGUUGAACUUGUCAAAGGAGGAGACCACCAACCAAUCUGUUCAUCCUAGGCUGCAAUCAUUGUUUUCAUCAUCUGAAUAUACCUGUUGAAAAUGUGGAGUCAACGUUAACGCUCGCUGCUUCCGUUGUCAGUUUGCACAAGGCAGUUUUUUGACAGUUUAUUAGCUCGAAGCUAGAGCUAGCAAAGAAAGGUUUCAACCCCUGUCAUUGGAAGGGACAAAGUUGGCUGACCAUGACUGCGAUGCGUGUGGAUGCCAAGGUGGUUAUGCUGGGGAAGGAGAGUGUUGGAAAAACUAGUCUAGUUGAACGUUAUGUUCACCACCGUUUCCUUGUUGGACCCUAUCAAAACACUAUUGGAGCUGCAUUUGUUGCCAAGCCAACCCAUGUGGGGGAUAAACUUAUAACUCUAGGAAUAUGGCUGAGUCUCAUGUUCUCAUGUUAGCAUGACACCGCUGGUUCAGAACGCUAUGAAGCAAUGAGUCGGAUCUACUAUCGCGGAGCACGGGGAGCCAUUGUAUGCUAUGACCUCACAGACAGCAGCAGUUUUCAGCGCGCUCAAUUUUGGGUGAAGGAGUUGCAAAACUGUGAAGAGCACUGUAAAAUCUACCUGUGUGGCACUAAGAGUGACCUAAUUGAAGCGGACCGAGGGUUACGCCAGGUGGACUACCACGAUGUACAGGACUUUGCAGAUGAGAUUGGGGCUCAACAUUUUGAGACUUCUAGCAAAUCUGGAAACAAUGUUGAUGAGCUCUUUCAGAAGGUGGCGGAGGACUACAAUAGCUCAUCCUUUGAGGUCAUGCCAGAGGAGAGAGGAGUGGACCUGACCAAGGGGAAGGACUCGUAUUUCUAUUCCUGCUGUCACAACUAACUGACUGAUCCCAUCUAUCUAUCCAGCCGGUUGAAGCAGAACUCCCCAAAGAGGGCCAAGUCCACGCCCUGGACCUUAACAAUUGGCAUCUUUUUUUAACAACGACGAUGACACCUACAACUACUACUACUACAACAACAACAACAACAAAAUGCUGCCAUGAUCGUUUUUGUGCCAAGCAACAAACUCACCCCCCCCCUCCCUCCCCCUCAAGUCAUCAUAGACAGGCACCAGGUGGUGAAACAAAACAUGGUACCUUGACAUCAGCACAGUCUCUUGCUCUAAUGAAGUCAAAUCCCCUUUCGUGGGUGCCUGUGUACAAGUGAGGAGAAGGGGGUAUUAUUAUACAGGAGACGGCCCGGUGUCCCUGAGCUGAGAGUGGUCCUAUGCACGGUACCUUCCCCACCCUCUCCAGUGCCCCCCACCCCCCUUCACCUCUUACAGGGUGGGCACAUACACGUCUACUGGACACAGUUCUCUUUGCUCUCACGGCAUUCGUCCGUUCUUCAACUGGAAAUGCCUUCUGCUCUACAGAGUUAUAGUGUUCUUGUUUUCAUGUUUGUUUGUUUGUUUGUUUGUUUUUUGGGGGGGAUUUUUCAUCUAUUAUAUCGGAUGCUAUUUAUGUUGGGGUUUUUUUUUUUUUUUGGUCCUCUGAUACUUGAGUGACAUUCCGGAAGUCAUUCAGUAAGUUUCUUGGUCAAUCAUCUAACACGCACUACCGUUUUUUUUCUCCAUUAACUCAGACUGCCUCAUAAAAAAGAAAAUCAUAUCCUCAUAACGAAAAGCUCUGAGCUGGAAUGUCUUGCUUUCCCGAGCCACAGAAGUAAGGACAGAGAUAAGGAGACAAUCUUAUUUCUGUAUAAAAAAAAGGCUGUGCAUCUUUAUCGUUUACUUUUUUUGUGGUGUAAAGGGUUUUUUGCACACAGAUCCUGUACCAAAUUUAUCUUGCACAGCUAACACGGAGCAUAAAGAUUGAACAGCAUUUUUUAAAAAUUCAUUUUGAAAGAUUGUGGUGGUUCAUGUUUACAAUGUUUUUAAGUGGCCUGUUUUUAUUUAUUAUCUUUGCAAGUGUACUUUUUUUCAAGCGGCUCUCAGGUCUGUUCUUGUCUGAAAGUGAUGGGAAAAGUUCUGAUGUGCUUUUGGCAUAGAGUUGAAUGAAAUGAAAUGAAAUGAAGGAUUUGAAAUGCCCGAGUGUGAAGAACUAUGUGUGCCUCUAGAAAAGCAUCAUUAAGGUUUUUCCCCACGCAAAUAAUUUACAAGCAUGUUGAUUCGUCCCAUGCGUAGAGGUAGCGUGACGUUAAGACCUGGAAUGCAGUGCAGUAAAUUUGCAGGUAGCUCGCCCAUACCAUACAGAGGGGGUUAAAGCCCUUGAGAAUGUUAUCUGCGGUUUUGUAACAGUAGUCAAGUAGUGCAACCACCUCUAAUGGCACUAUUGCAUGGAUUAAAUUAUUUGUUGCUGGAUUAUGUAGAAAUCACCUAUUCUAUGUAAAUGAAGUGUGUUGUACAGUUAUGUAUGUACCAACUUCACACCCAAUAGUGGUGUUGGUUGCAGUUGCAGGAGUGGCGUCUGCUUCUAAAACAACGUGAAUGACCCUCAU